AUGCCAUAUUAUGGUACAUGUAAAAUGCCUGGUGACGUCUGGUGGGAUAUAACCAAUGAUAUCGAUCAAUUCCAAAAAAUGAUACCAGGUAAACAAGUGAUGAUCACGCAGAAUCCCUGGGGUUUCGAUAAAUACGGCCGAAAUCGAGGAGGGAUUUGUCAAAACGAAGGCAAAGAUGUGUGGACUGGUGUGAGUCCAGCCGGAUUUACUACAUAUUGGAAUCUAUGGACGAAUAAUUGCGCGUAUUUUAAGCAAAAGAAGAUUGGAUGGUUUGCACAUGUUUUCUCGGCUGAAUCCGAAUACAAUUUUGGCAUUUAUGGACAGUAUUCUGAUCUAUAUCCGUAUCCCAAACGAAUCGAUUUCAAUCCAAAACCAUGUUAA